CGGCACGGCACGGCGCGGCACUGCUCGGCUUUUGGGGCGGCUCUCUGCCGGGUUUGGAAGAGCCCUCACUUUGGUCUUGAAUGCCUCCAAAGCUGAGGACGUGUUUGUUCCACUGGCUUCAAAGGCAGAAGAAGUAGUGAAGAGUGUCACAGUUUUACGGAGCCUAAGGGAUCCCUGCACGUGAGUGAUCUAUGAAAUGGCAGAGAAUGGAACAGAUUGUGACCAGAGACGCAUAGGAAUGAGCAAAGAACAGCACAAUGGAAACUUCACAGAUUCCUCUUUGUUGAGUGAACGGAAGCGAAGGGACCGAGAAGAGAGGCUGAAUAUUGUCCUCUGGAGACAACCACUUGUUACCUUGCAGUAUUUUUUCCUGGAAACUCUAAUAAACUUGAAGGAAUGGACCAUAAAAUUGUGGCAUCGGCGAAGUAUCCUGGUGUCUUUUUUACUGAUGCUUGCAGUGCUUACAGCUACGUAUUAUGUUGAAGGAAGACAUCAACAGUAUGUGCGGUACAUGGAGAAGAAGUUCUUCUGGUGUGCCUACUGGGUAGGAUUGGGCAUCCUGUCCUCUGUCGGACUUGGAACAGGUCUUCACACCUUUCUGCUCUAUUUGGGUCCACACAUAGCAUCAGUUACUCUUGCUGCCUAUGAAUGUAACUCUGUUAAUUUUCCUGAGCCUCCGUACCCGGAUCAGAUCAUCUGCCCUGAUGAGGAGGUGAGCGGCGGAUCCAUCUCUCUGUGGGCGAUCAUCUCAAAAGUCAGGCUGGAGGCCUGCAUGUGGGGUGCUGGCACAGCCAUCGGAGAGCUGCCUCCGUACUUUAUGGCGAGGGCGGCCCGACUCUCUGGUGCUGAACCUGAUGAUGAAGAGUACCAGGAAUUUGAGGAGAUGCUGGAACAUGCAGAGACUGCACAAGAUUUUGCUUCCCGGGCUAAGCUGGCUGUCCAGAACCUGGUACAGAAAGUUGGGUUCUUCGGCAUUCUGGCCUGCGCCUCCAUUCCCAACCCUCUGUUUGACCUGGCCGGGAUAACAUGUGGACACUUUCUGGUUCCCUUCUGGACCUUCUUUGGGGCCACUCUGAUUGGGAAAGCAGUAAUUAAAAUGCACAUCCAGAAACUUUUCGUUAUUAUAACAUUCAGCAAACACAUAGUGGAGCAGAUGGUGUCCCUCAUUGGUGCUGUUCCAAGUAUAGGUCCUUCUCUUCAGAAGCCAUUUCAAGAAUAUUUGGAAGCUCAGAGGAUAAAACUCCACCACAAACACGACGCCGGUGUGCCACAGGGUGAAAACUGGCUGUCGUGGAUGUUUGAAAAAUUGGUGAUUGUCAUGGUUUGUUAUUUUAUCUUAUCUAUAAUCAACUCCAUGGCCCAAAGCUAUGCCAAAAGGCUGCAACAGAAGAUGUACUCCGAAGAGAAAACCAAAUGAGCUUGGAAAAAGAACUGUGAAUGGGCUUUAGCAGACAAAAAGUGACGCUUCUUUCCAUACGUAUAAAAUUCAGCAUUAUUCAAAAUGGGGGAAAACUUUUUAACAUCAACUUUGAACUAAGGCAGGUUUUUAUUUUAUUUUGAAAAUAAUUUGGCUAUUAGAACAGACGUUUCACUGACAAAACUUAUAGGUGUUAAGGUAAGGUAUGAAUGCUUUAUACAUCUGAGUUGUAUCAUAUGGCAUGGACAAGGUGAUGUUAAAUUGUGCUUAACACAGAUGUUGUCCAUCCGAAUUACUUCCAAAACCGAUGGUUUAGUAUUUCCUGAUUUCAUUUCAGACUGACCUAAGGGUAACCUUUAUUUUGAAGGGCGGCUCUUUUGUUUUUUUACCUUAACUUUCAAGACCAUCAAGAUGUAUAUAAAUGAAUACAAAUUGGAUAAAAACUGUUGCAUGUCCCUCGUGGUAAGGUUAUUCCAUUUGAAUUCUCUGGUGUCCCAUUGCAUUGCACGUGCUCUUGGUUGGAAAAGCCGCCCUUUAAUCGUCACGAUGUUAGCAGAGAUGAUUGAUGUCAAAAUGCUGAAGCUGACAUUUUUUUAUUCUGUAUAUUUAGAAUGAAGUUAAGAUAAAACUUUAUAAAGUCAUCUUUGAUCAUUCCAGAAUUUCUUGUGUCAGUCUUUUUAAGCUGUUUCUUUUCCUUUCCCCUUUUGUAUGCUGAGUUUCGUCUUUAUUAAGCCUUAAUCCCACGGGUUGCAUGCUUUACUCAUCCUUCCUGCACAAAUGGUGCUGAAACCACCCUUUAUUCUUUUUUCCCUUUUUCUUAAGAACUUCUUAUCGGAACAAAGUAGAAGGUGUAUCACUGGGUGGAGUAUGGCUCACUGCUUAAAAUAGGCGAGUUUAGCUAUGAUUGUUAUCAUAAAUCGUUGGUCGAUGUUUGCCACUGAUAACAACAUCGUGAGCUGUGAAGGAGAAGGGGGAAGUGUAAAGAUUCCAGAUGAACACAGAGAAUUGGUGUCAAACCCAGCAAUUGUAUGUGGAGCCAUAGAGAACCUCACACUUAGGCUUGAAAAUUCAGAUGCUUAUAAGAUACUGCUUUAAGUCAGUGUGUUGAUUUUAAUGUAUGUGAACGUAAUCCAUAUUAAAUCAGAUCUCUUUCCUCUUUAGAAAGUAGACAGCCACACCACUGCUGCUGUGUAUGUAUUACUACUCCUGUAAUUUUAGAUCUAUUGUUUUUGACUUUUAGCCUAGGGGGGAUUAGGAGUUAAUUUGACUUUCAGUUAGCAUUAUCAACAGGUGGCACACAAGCACGAGGCAGGCUUGAUUUCGCUCUUGCUUGGGUUGUAUGUUUAUGCCUGCGUUAGGUUAGGGCAGAUCAUGAGCAAGGUGUGAGAGUAAGGAUUUUGUUCAAUCCUGCCUGAAUGUCCUCCUGUGUUGCCGGCCGUCGUGACAUCCCCAUGGCUGUACCAUCCUGUCGGAUAGCUUAUCAGACUGAUGUUGACUGUUGGAUCUCAUGGCAACAACAGUCGGUAGGCUGUCUGACAUUUUGGUAUCUCUCAUCUGACCGUUCCCUCAUCCAUCUCCAGCUGUUUUCAUUGAACAUCAGUGGCAUAUAAAUGUUUUUCAGUUUUGAUGGAAAUGAGUACACCAGCCAUGCAGUGUGGCAAGCUGCGUCCGAAGCAUCUCUUAAAGCUCCAUCUCGGUUGUGUGUCAGGUUUGUAAUGUUUAUCUUGUAUGCUUUGUGUACAACUUCAAACAUUAUUGAGUGAACGGGGAGGCUUUAAAUAUGGACUUUUCUUAAUGUAGCCAUGUAAUAUUUAAAUAUUUGAAGCCCUGAGUGCUGGGAGGUAGUUAAAAGCAACAGGAGGGGAGGCAGCAUGAGGCCAUUAAACUCAAUAAUGCCCUUCAUUUGCCUCUGCUGAGUUUUAAGAGGUGAAUAGUUUUUCUGAAUUCUUGGCCCUGGUGGCUUUUUCUCUUUUGGGCCUAAAUAAGCUCUUUGACAAUUACAUAGCAAAGAACUUGUUCUAAUGCAAUACACAUUCACAAAAUAAAAUUUAAAAAAA